GGCACUUGUUUUUCAUUUUGGAAUCGUGCGAGGGUGUCACGUGACUGAAUGCGCAGUAUUACUUCCGGUGUGGAGUCGAGUUUCAAGCACGCCCGUGAUUUCAAGUCCCGCCUUCGGCAGCUAAACCGAAGUGACACUCGUCGCGCUAUCUGUCUUGUUUGGUGACACGCGUCGAGAUGCUCCAACCGCUGGCGUGCUUGCUGCUGCUCAUUCUCACGCUCGUCCACAUCGGACGCUGCCGGCGGAAAAGUCGUCUGGGCGAACCUCCGCUAAUAAACGGCUGGAUUCCGUUCUUGGGAAAAGCUUUUGAGUUCAGGAAAGAUGCUCACAAGUUCCUGGAGGAGCAGCAGAAAAACUUUGGAGACAUUUUUACCGUUCACAUGGCAGGUCGCUACAUGACCUUCGUCAUGGACCCACUGAUGUACCCGGCCAUCAUCAAAGAACGCCGACGUUUGGACUUCCAAGAGUUCAGCAGGCGGGCGGCGCCGGCAGCCUUCGGCUACACGCCCGUCACCGAAGGCACCUUUCCGGGCCUGCCCGAGCAGAUCGCGCGCGCCUUCCGCCUCCUCCACGGGGAGCACCUGUCACUGCUGACGCAGAGCAUGAUGGGAAACCUGAUGAUGAUCUUCCGCCAGGACCACCUGCGCCCGGGCGGCGCGUGGCGCACGCGGGAAUUGUAUGACUUUUGCAUGGAGGUCACGUUGGAGGCCACCUUCCUGACUUUAUACGGCCGGCCGGCCGAGGGCCUCCGCCACGCCGACGCGGCGCAGCUCAAGGCCUCCUUCAUCCGUUUCGACGACGCCUUCCCGCUGCUCAUCGCGCAGGUUCCCGUCUGGCUACUAGUCGGCGUCGGCGGGAUCCGCCGGAAGCUGAUGAGCUACUUGACGACGCCCAGGAUGUCCGGCUGGGCGGGUGUCUCGCAGUUCAUCCGGCGCCGCGCUCAGCUCUUGGAGCGCCACCCCAUCCUGGGCGACGCCGACAAAGCGGCGCAUCACUUGGCCAUGCUGUGGGCAUCGGUGGCCAACACGGCGCCGGCCGGCUUCUGGGCGGCGUACCACCUCCUGAGGCAUCCGGAGGCAUUGCGCGCCAUCCGCCAGGAGAUCCGAAACGUUCUGGAGAGCAGCGGACACAAAUUCAGCGCCGGCGCCGACCUGGCGCUCGACGCACAGCAGCUGGACAAGAUGAUUCUUCUGGAAAGCGCCGUCCACGAGAGCCUGCGCCUGUCCUCUGCGUCGAUUAACAUCCGGGUGGCUCGGGAGGACCUGACCCUGCGUCUCAACAAUGAGCGUGCCGUGGCGGUGAGGAAAGGCGACAUUGUGGCGUUGUACCCGCGGAGUGUGCACAUGGACGCCGACGUUUACGACCAGCCGCAGACAUUUUGCUUCGACCGCUUCGCCCGUCAGACGGAAUUCUUCAAGAACGGACGAAAACUUCACCACUUCCUGAUGCCAUUCGGUUCGGGGGCAUCCAUCUGUCCCGGACGUUUCUUCGCCGUCAACGAGAUCAAGCAGUUUGUGUGUCUGCUGCUGCUGUACUUUGAUUUGCGACUCGAACCGGGACAGCCCGACGCGCGCCCCGACGCCAGCCGCGCAGGCCUCGGCAUCCCGCGGCCCGCCCGCGACGUGCGCUUCCAAUACCGCAUGCGCAGCGCCGCGUGUUUGUGAAACAACUUUGGGCAACUUUCACCAGCUCUUUAUCUUCAAUGUUUGCUAUACGAUCGGUAACUAGCAACAGUCUACUGUGUAUUCUCAAUUGGACUAUUCCAUGGAUGCCUGAAAUGUUGAUACGCUGCUGCGGUCCAUUUUUCCGUAAGAGUUGCUGUUUUUUAUACUAUCUUGGUCAUGCCCACGUACGGGGAAGGCAAACCUUCCAACUGCCGUUCCGCCUCCCGUCUUCUAACAAGCUCACGGCGGAACACGAGCGCAUACCUUCACGGUGGCUUGGAAUACUAUUGCAACAGUCCACGUAGCAUAGGCAUACCUGUCAACUUUACGGAGCGCCAACCUGUAUAAACUACCAAAAAAGUCCUUAAAAAGAGCAAAAAAAUCCUUAUAACAUACCAAAGCAUUUUAUAUGUCAAAAUAACGGCAGAGAAAAACCAACGAAAUUUUUAAUGAUAUUUAUUGUAGAGCUCCAUAAUACAAUGUCUGGUUAAUGUCCAAUCAUCAUUCUAUUUAGUGGCAUUACUGUGUUCAGAGUUCUAUUCCUGCGUUACUUUUUUCCCCAUCUCCAAAUGCUGACCCAUCGGCUCGAAGUUACAGCAUCAAUCAUGCUGUCAGUGUUUCUUGCGCAAGCGAUGUGUUUCCUUGUAGAACUUGUUUGUACACUACCGAAGUAUGCAAUUAAUACUCUGCUGUUUUCAACUAGGAACUACAUUAUUUACUGGAAGCAUUCGAGUAGACUGGCACCAUUCUGGGCAAAAGCAAACGGAACUACCUGUUAAGGGGAAAUUUUCAGAAUCCGUAUGAUUUGUGCGAUACGGCCAUAUACGUAAGAUUCACCACAAAAUCCGUAUGAACUAUGGCUAAACCGUAUGAGUUGACAGGUAUGCAUAGGUGAAGGGUUGAUAUAAAUACUUUUGUGAAAAGCUGUGAGUCCGCAUUUGGACUUGAGAGGCACGCCGCAGCAAGUUGAGGCUAAAAAAAAUGGAUCAAUCUUACCGACUAGUCGACGUUGAAUUGACGAUCGUCAACUUAAGUUCUGUCGCCCCCCUGUGGUGGAAGACUACAUUACAAGAGGAUGCCUUGAGUUUGUUUUAUUGCAAACGAAAGGGAACGAGCCCGCUAAUUGUUAGCCAAGUGGUAAUUAUGUUAACUUAGUCAACGACAGUUGCACUCGUUACAAAACACUGGAGCGUGUUUGUGAGUGUUUAGUGGACAGACACUGAAUCAAAUGUUGAAAAAUACAGCAAAAUGUUGAAGGCUUAACCAACACUGUAUCAUCUCCACUAGUAGUGGCUUGAGUUUUAAAACAUAAAAAUGUUCGAAAUUCCAGCUUUAACGUGGACUACAAAAAAAAAUCAGAAGGGUUUGAAACCCAAGCGUAACGUGCUAACUUGUGUAGGAGACAGCGACCGUCAGCAUGCGUUAACUUUUUUGGGCCUCUACGUGAAUUUGUUUCACACAUGCCAUGCUAGCAUAUGCGGCUUGAUUAGCAAAUUCCGAUGACAAAAAUGAGCGACUGAACACAGACUGAAACGAUGCAGUGUCAAUGUUCCAAAAUGCGCAAAAUUCAAACGUUAACAAGACAAAAAUGCGACAACAAAGGCGCAUCAAACAUUUCAAUAGGUAAACUGUAUCAACAUAUAUAUUGACUAAAUAUCAUAAAUGACACUAACAUUCAUGUUUAUUCUUAGCAUGAGUACGUAUUUUUUGACAAAGAUGUUUGAAAGUAACUGCUUUUAUGUGGACAAGCGUCAUCAGCAUUUUUCACUGAUUAUGAAGGGAUGUAAUGGGCCAAACCAGGAAAUGAAUCAUCAACUUCUGUUUGCAAUUUAUCUUCUGCACUGUGAAUUUGAAAUCAUAUCCUGUUUUAGGAAACAAGGGAUGGAUUUUUAUUUUUUAGUCAAAGCAAUCAUCGACAGAUUAUUAAAUAUAGUCGUUAGUUGCAGCCUGAAUGGUUAUUAUGUCAUGAAAGCAAAUAUGUGUGAAACGUCCAAGUGUAACACUCGUAGCUUUUGUGUGUGUUAUUUUUUUAUUAAAUAUGUUUUCCAGACGGGAAA